ACAUCGACCCAGCGUUCACCUAGAACUAUCGCGGCCGCCUCGUUGAUUUCCCCCCUUUCUCUCCUGAAGUUUAUACGUAAACAUACCUAAGAGGGAGAAAUCUAUAGAUCACCGCCCAGAUAAAAUCAACAACCGGACGAAAUCUCAGCCCGUGGGGCUUGGCUGGAUGAUUGACAGGCUGUUGAGCCAGUGAGAUGUUGAGGAAGCCAGGAGAGCGCUUUAAGGAGGCGGGACCAGUGCUGAUCCGUGAAGUGGCAGUAAAAGCUGCAGGACUGACUGUGAAAGGAGUUGGAGUUACAUUUACUGCUGAGUGGCUGAAAUCGCGGCAAACUUGGAAUUGAGACAGCGAUGGGGAAUGAAUUCUAUCAAGGGAUGCACUGCACACUCCAAUGAGAACAUACUCUAGGUGAGAUCCUAGCAGCAUGGAUCAGGAUGACUUUCCACCCCCUCCUCCUGAAGUGCUGGAAAAGGAACUUCCAUACGUCGAUGAUGAUGAUCAAGAGGAGGGCAAAGUAUUUGAUUUUGACAGUGAUGAGAUACCAGAAGCAGACAGAGAGCCCACCUCUGACCCUGUGCCUGUAUUUAUAAAUGGGAAGGAACAUUGCACUACACACAACUUGAUACAGGAAAAUGCUACUUCGGGUGCAUCGCCUGAGAACCAUGGAUAUUACGAAAUAUCAGAAACUAAUUUGCCUCCGCGCAGGAAUGAUUUGGAUCAAGACCCUAAUGCAGUGGCACAAGAAAAUGAUACUGCUGCCAGUUUGCUACAUUCAGCCACACAAGCCAUAGCUGAAACACCACUUGCAAAAGUGAAUCCAUAUUCAGUUGUAGAUAUCACACCACUCCAGGAGGGUGAUCAAGUCAAACUACCAGGAGCAGAACAAAGCCACCAGGACAAUAAGGCAACGGGUCAUACGCUCCCUCUUGGAUAUUGUGUGCCAGUUCCCUGCGGAUACGCUGUACCAUCCAAUGUACCAUUGCUGGUUCCGACAUAUUCAGCACCUGUUACUUUAAUAAGAAAUGUUUCUGUCGAUGAGGAAGCGCUAUUUAAAAGUGAAGAUUUUGAUGCCAGUCUUACUCAGUCAAACAGUCAGCCAGUUGGUGAAGAUUACCUUGCUUUGGACACAGAAGAUGCCUUUACCAAAUGGGCUUCAGACCCAGCAAAUACGGCAUGGCUAGAGGGUCAGGAUGAAGUGAUUUAUGAUGAUGUGCCAAGAGAAAAUUCUGAUGCAUCAGUAACAGAUCCAGAAGAACUCAUAUACGAUGAUGUGGAACAUGGAGAUGAGGCUGCAACAAGCUCUUUGGAUUAUGGUUGGAGCUCCAGUGAAUUCGAGAGCUAUGAUGAGCAAAGUGAUGGAGAAUCUAAAUGUGAAAAUGGAAUUCCCAACUCCUUCCUCCAAGGCAAAUCUCACAAGAAUAAGAUACAUCUUUCACAGGACCUAAGUCGUUUAAAAGAGCACUAUGAGAAGAAGAUGAAAGAACUGGCAAAUGCUGUAGGAAGUGUGGAACUUCAGCAACUGAAGCAGAAACAAGAGCGGAAGAUGCAACAGCUAAUGAAAGCUGCAAAGGAAGGUACUAAAGAUGGAUUAGAAAAGACUAAAGCUGCUGUUCUUAAAAGGGGACGCUCGUUCAUUAAACACAGGUAUCAAGAUCACAGGUUUGGAUGUCUGGAAGAAGAAGAGCAGAAUCUCUUUAUUGAUGUCGACUGCAAACAUCCAGAGCCAGUAAUGACGCCCAUGCCUGAGGGUUUGACACAGCAACAGGUUGUCCGACGAUACAUUCUUGGUUCAGUUGUUGAAAGUGAGAAGAACUAUAUGGAUGCGUUAAAGCGAAUUCUCGAGCAGUACGAAAAACCUCUUUCAGAAAUGGAUCCAAAACUGUUAAGUGAAAGGAAAUUAAAAAUGGUGUUUUACCGAAUAAAGGAGAUUCUUCAGUGCCAUUCUUUGUUCCAGAUUGCCUUAGCCAGCCGUGUGACUGAGUGGGACUCAGUUGAAAUGAUUGGAGAUGUCUUUGUUGCUUCAUUUUCCAAGUCAAUGGUGCUUGAUGCAUACAGUGAAUUUGUGAACAAUUUUAGCACUGCCAUGGGGAUCAUUAAGAAAGUGUGUGCCACCAAACCUGCCUUUCUGGAAUUUUUGAAACAAUGCCAUGAGUCAAGCUCUGAUCGCAUUACGUUGUAUGGAUUAAUGAUGAAGCCAAUUCAACGUUUUCCACAAUUCAUUCUUUUGCUACAGGACAUGCUAAAGAACACUCCAAAGGGACACCCAGAUAGACUACCUCUUCAGAUGGCUCUCACUGAGCUCGAAACAUUAGCGGAGAAACUAAAUGAACAGAAACGGGAAGCAGAUCAACGCUGUGAAAUGAAGCAGAUUGCAAAAGCGAUGAAUGAACGUUACUUGAACAAGCUUCUUCGGAGUGGAAACAGAUACCUCAUAAGGUCCGAUGACAUGGUGGAAUCGGUUUACAAUGAGAAAGGAGAAAUGGUGAAAACGAAAGAGCGACGUUUGUUCAUGUUGAAUGAUGUACUUAUGUGUGCUACAGUCAGCUCUCGUGCCCAGCAUGACAGCAGCGGAAUAAUGCCCUCUGGUCUGAGGUAUUUGCUUAAGUGGAGUGUACCGCUAAAGCAGGUCGAAGUGGUAGAAUUUGGGAACAGUGAGGACCUGGGAGAGAAAAAUAGAUUUACUCCACCACAUUCUGGAGAAAAGAUUCUGAUUAGUGCAAAGCCAAACAAACUGUAUAUGGGACCAGGCCAGCUGUAUCAGGAUUUACAAAAUCUAAUGCACGAUUUAAGUGUGGUUGGCCAGAUUACACAGCUUGUUGGUACACUUAAAGGAAAUUAUCAGAAUUUAAAUCCAAUUGUGAGCCAGGAUUGGACAGCAGGCCUUCAGAAACUCAUAUUUAAAAAAGAAGAAGAAAUAAGGGCAGCAGAUCGCUGUAGAAUUCAACUGCAGCUGCCUGGAAAACCAGACAAUGAGGAAGUCCAAGGACAUGGAUUUGGAGCUCUGGUGCACAAAAACUGUGAAGGUUUAAAUUCUUCAAGGACGGUAUCUGGAAGACCUUCAUUUUUCACAGCAGUGUUUAAUACAUUUACUCCAACAAACAAACUCUCCUGGAUGAGUAGUUUACAGAUGGCCAAAUUGGCCCUUGGGGAUGAAAACCAGCUGGGCUGGUUUUGUGCAGAGGAUGAUGGGAAACAAGUAAAGCGACAAAAGCAUCCUCUCCUUGUCAGACAUAUGCCUGUAUUGAUGUCGAAACUGCAGGAGUUCAAGGUUGAAUGUGCUAUUCAUAACCCGGAAUGCUGUAAUGCGAUUGAUGCACCUAACUCAGUCUCUAUGGAACAUGGAUAUUUGUGGAUUGGAAGCUGUACCAAUCAAAUGGGGCAGAUCACCAUAGUCACACUUCAUAAUGCUAAUCCUAAAGUUAUUGAAUGCUUCAAUGUUGAGUCUCGUAUACUGGCUAUGGCGUAUGUCCCAGACGAUGACAAACCAGAAGAAUCUGAUGUCUUUUCUGACUCUGAAUCUACGACUACAAAGGCCACUGAAACCCCGACCAUCUGUCUUGGCAUGGAGGAAGGGAGCAUUUCAGUAUACAAGAGCAAUCAAGCUUCAAAAAAAGUGCGAUUGCAGCAUUUCUUUGCUCCAGAUAAGUCCACAGUGGUGAGCCUAGGAUACAAGUUACGCUGCCUGUAUGCUGGACUUGUCAAUGGAAAUAUCGCCAUCUAUACCAAGGCAGAAGGUGGAUCUUGGAAUGCUAAUUCACCAAAAUUGCUGAAGCUUAGUGACCUGCCAGUGAAAAUCAUCCUUGUCAUGGAAGACACGCUCUGGACUGCUUCUGGUGGACAGAUUUUCAUCAUCAGCACCAAGACGCACACUGUGGAGCAACAAUUCGAGGCUCAUCAGGAAGAAGGGAUGUUGAUCUCGCACAUGGCUAUGGCUGGUGUUGGAGUCUGGAUAGCCUUCAGUUCUGGGUCUGCUCUGCGCCUGUUUCACACAGAGACUCUUGAGCAUCUUCAAGAUAUCAACAUCGCCACUCCUAUCCAUAAUAUGAUAGCAGGACAGCAGCGGGUUACUGUGACCAGUCUCCUCGUGUGUCAUGGCUUACUGUUAGUUGGAACCAACCUGGGCAUCAUUGUAGCUCUGCCAGUUCCUCGACUGCAGGGAAUACCAAAAGUCACAGGAAGGGGAAUGGUAUCCUACCAUGCACACUGUGGUCCAGUCAGAUUUCUCACUAUGGCUGCAGCCACUGCCACAUUAAUGAACAAAAAUCCAUCACUUACAAGCCUGUCAUCUCCAGUAGAAGAAAAAGUUGGAGAAAAGACUGGCCAUAUUGGAUCACAGGCAGAACACUCAAGCUGUUCAAAUACAAAUAACAAAGACAGAGGGGUUUGGCUUGGAGACUCAUUAGUAUCUGUUGUACGACACAACAGUGUAUCUUCGUCUACAGGAUCCCUGACCUGCUCCCAACAGUCCAGCUCACUGGAACAUGGCCCAGAGGACAGCACAAUCUAUGAGUUCUUGAAUGACCCUAGUGUCUCAAGUAAAGGUAAACACAGUGACAAUGAAAGGACAAGGAAGAUGAAGAUGAGUUCUGUUUUGGCCAUCUCUGGAGGUCAGGGACAUAAACGACUGAACAAAAAGUCCAAACAACAGCGUCAUGAUGAAACCAUUUCGACUGUCAUGAUUUGGCAAAUUCCAUUGUUAAAUGUAUGAAGAGUUAAUGGCCUUGUCAGUAUCAAUUCUUUUGAUAUCCACAAUCCUUUUUUGGGAUAUAUUUUGUAAGAUAAUACAGCAAAUGCAUAAAUGUUCUUACAUAUUUUGAAUAGCAUGUAUUGUAGCUUCUUAAUGCUUACAAGAUGUUAGUUUACCAGCCCAUCAAUAUUUGCAUUGCCAACAUUCAACAGUUUGUAAGAUCUAAAUGUGUAUUUAAAAAGAUUUCAUUCCUAUUUGAAAAUUAGUAAGUUUCAAAAGUUUACCAACACAAUCCUGAGACACAUGCCGCCAAGAUCUGCUUUAUUCUGGAGAAUUUGAACUUGUUGCUAGCUCUUCCUGCUGUGAAAACUGAGCAUUUUUCCCACUGAGGAAUCCCUGUAGGCUACUCCUUGGUUGGAAAAUACUUGUGGGUCAAUUUUUGUAACUCAGUACUCUGGCCUGUGUUUCUCUGAUGUGUAUUUUCAAGCAUCUUUAAAUAAAAUGAGAAAUCUGCCAACUACAAAAUCACCAAACACUACAGGUAUAGGGAGCUUCCCUACCACUUUUUGGUGGAAAUUUCAAAUGUUACAGAUUGAUUGGUUUUCCAGAAUAAAUCAUUGUUGCAAGGAUUAUAUUGCUGAGUAAACUACUGAAAUUUAUACGUUUACAAAAGGAUUGUUAAAAUUUAAAAUAUGCUUCUACAAGUUGAGCAGCUAGAUGAACUAUUUUUAACAGCAUUUUUUUAUGAGCCAUAUCUAAUACUAUUUCUGACCAGUGCAGUACCCUCUACUGUUAUUUUGCAGGUAAGUUGCAUUGCAGGCAGUUACUACUGCGGCUAUAGUGCUAGUACAUUUAAUGCAAACAAUUAAUCGUUAGCUGGAGAUGCUCAUUACUAAGAGCUAUAUUUCCAGUUAGCUACUUUUGCACAAACUACAACAAAACAAGCGUAUGCAUUUUACUGUUAUUUACAAUUUGUUUGAAACUUCAUUGAUUUUAAAUAUGGUUUGCAAAUCUAUUUUGUGUGUCGCUGGGCAAUCCUCACAAUUGUUUAUUAUCCAAAGUGAAUGGUACACUUUAAUUGAAAUAAAACUGGAUUCUUUGGGUAUGAAUGAAUGCUUCCGUGCCAGGUGGGGCACUAGGACACCUCUCAAUAAAUGUAUAACAUAAACUGCCUUAGCAACGAUUUAGUACAUCAAACUUUCCAUGAAAAAUUGUCACUGGAACAUUAAAACAGAUUAAAAUCAAUGCAAAGCAGGUCAGUCAGCAUCUGAAAGAGUGAAGUCAAAUCUGCAGUGUAGAUGCUGAGUGACCUGCUCAACAAUUACAGCAUUUUUGUGCUAUUUCAAAUAUCCAGCAGUCAAUGUUUUUUUUUGACUUUCAUAUCAGUAAAUUGCUACUUUAAGUUUGUGGCACUGUGCAUCAGUAAUGUUUCUGACAUGGUUUCAUAGUUGGCUUCAGAUGCAAUUGACAUCUGUUUAGGGUGUUGCCUCAGAGUAUUGUACCUAGUCUGCUCUUAUGACAUUACAAAGUUUAAGGUGAAUUCUGGUCAGCAUUUCUCUCAACUGUUCAAAUUAAAAUUUCAUCAUGCACUCAAUGUGCUUUACGGUCAAGAAUUGAAGCACAACCUUACACAAUUGAAUUUUAUUUAUUAGUAUGUUUCUUUAGUGCAUCAGCAUUAUUCAAUGAUAUUUCAUAGAACUGUAUUGUAGUUUUAAUAAUGGUUUGUGUUUCAUUUGCUGCCAGUGUCACUUGUUGCAAUGUAGCUUGUUUAGUGGUUACAAUGUACAGAACAUUGUCUGGUUCUUUGCGCCGGUUCUGAUGUGUUGUUCAGACUUGCCCAGCCUAAAAGUACUGUUUAAUAGGGAGCACUAAAGGAAGUGAUUUUUUUUCUCUUUCAAAGUGAGAAAUCAGCUACUUAGUUGCAUAGCACCCUGUCUGAUUUUGGAUAUUAAAAUUGAACAGGGAUAGCUUUUAGGAAUGAAGUCAUUGAAACCAUGCAAAAUAUUGCCAGUUGAUUGUUUAGUUUUACGUGCAGAAACCCAUCAUCAAACAUAAGCAUUUCCAAACCAAGCGCCUAAUGAAUCCAUAACCACAGAGUUUGUUUGGCCAAUAUGUAGUAUGCACAUUCUCUCUAUAGGAAGACAUCCAUUUAGCUAUAGGUAGAGUUUUAGGUAUACCUAGGUAAGAGCAUGGUACUUGGACCUCCAAAUGUUUACAGAAGUACUGCUAGAAGUUAGCCAGUUAAAAUCACAUUGUUAUCCAUCUUUGGUGAAUGCUUAUUUCUUGUUCUCAGUCAAGACUACAUUAUCCAAUAGGGUAUUAGCUUGCAGGUUUAUUUGGAGCUGAGCGGGGGGGCUAUGAAGGCCCAUUGACAGAUUUAUUUCUCCAGGCCACAUUAAUAAGCCAGACAGGAUGAUCAAUCAUCAACAAUGCCCUGGAGUACUGCAGAACUCUCUAGCAUGGAUAUCAGGUGAUUAUAUCUAUAUUGUUGGCGUGGUUUCCGUCUCCCAUUAGCAUGUGUGGCAUCUCAACUGUGAAGAGAUCUCACUGACCAAUCCCCCACCACCCCCACAACAUCACCAUCAAAAAAAAAAGUCAAUAGGCACCAUGGGGUAAAACAGAUUAAAUUUCUGUGUCAUUACACAAGUACCACUUUAUAGUGAGGCAGCACUGUCAGACCUGAGUUACACUGCUUAUUCCUACAUCAAUCUGUUCUAUGGCCUGAGAAGUGGAGACCUAUGUUGUAUAUUCCUGUGUGUAUGUAUAUUCACAUGCAGAUUUCCACUUCACAGGCUUCUAAAGGCUGGCUAAAUGUUAAUGUUACCAGAUACCCAACUAUCAGCUCUCAAUUGGCAUUAAAAAGUUUUUCUUUAACUAAAUUUCCCCGUUGGUCCAGUUGCAUUCACUAACAGUGAGUUUGAAGCUGCAGAUUUGUAAAAGUACAUUCUAAAGAUGAUCCUUGCUAAAUUGGAUUCAAUUAACCUGGCACCCAAAAUUUACAUUAAGUCCAAGUUUCUUCAACUUUAUAUUGAUGCAAAUGGUAGAAUAUAAUGAGCUCAUGUUAGAAGUCGUACAGUGCUCUGAAAAAUUAGUUUUCUUCAAAAGAGCAAUUUUUAUGAAAAUGAAUUAUAUAGCAUCCUGCACGAUUUAAAACAGCUACACAAAUACAUAUAUAUAUAUAUAUAUAUAUGCUUAUAUAUGUCUAUCAUUCUGUUGUAUGCAGAUACCCCUUAAAUUGUUGCAGUACUCAUAAAGAAUGUAUGUAAUGUGGUACUUGAAAUUUGCUAAGGGAAUGUAUUUUGUUCAAGGAAAAAUUCUGAUAGUCAGAAUUAAACUGACUAUUAUAUGUUAUAAUCAAACAAUCUAUCUUUGCACUUAAAAGCAAUGUGUUUUAUUCAAUAAUCAUGGCCUGGAAGUAGCUUUAGUCCACAAUUAAUACUGUAACACUGUUCAGUGGUGCUGAAGUUUAUUUUGGUAUAGACAGCACCAACUACCAUAUCAACGUUGCAUAAAAUUUGCUUUGCAACUACUGCCAAAGACUGAAGGUAUAUAGGGCAUCUUAUUUAUAUUUUAAAACUUAUUUUUUUUAAUUUCAUGUUAAGCAGAUGAUGUUUAACAUCAGUUUUCUAACUUUAUUUCUGCAACUAGAGUUGCAACUAGCAACUAGAGGCUUUGAAUUAUUUCAACCAAAAAUUACAACUGAAAGUGUGCAACUAACCAGAGAAGGUGGAGGGAAUGGUACCUGUGUUACAUUUCACUCACCAUGCUGUUAGCACAAAUAAAUUUGAAGUCAAAAAUUGCUAGGUGGAAAAUUUACUCAAAAGACUAUUACAGGCUAGAUGUCCUGGCCAUCAAUUACACCUGGGAAGUAGGUCUAACCAUACCUUUUCAUGAUGCCAUGUUGAUAGAAAAUCUUAACCAAACUCAGUGUUCUGUAUAAUAAUUAAUUUUAAAGCUGCUGCUCUUAUUUCUGCAACCUAGGUUAAUGCCAUGUUUAUUCUGUUCUGUUCAAUAAUAUUUCUCCAUCUUUGUUGUAAUCCAAAUCUGAAAUAGAAUCAGUGGGGAUAAUUUUGAUUCUAUGAAAUGGUGCAAAAUGGAUGAUAAUGAAAUUGCAGCCCAUUUUAUCUCUCUCCCAUUUUUAUUUUCAUUGCCCCGUCCUGUGAAACAUGUUUGAAAAUCACCAAUUUACUGUAGACAUAAGAUCAAACAAUCAAGUGAUGAUUCAGAUAAUUUUGUGGUGGUAUUUUGUAAUAUUGCUCGUGUGGUAUUGCUGAAAAAGAUUUUUGUCAAAGCUUUUUGUCUUGCACUCAGGACAAUUCACAAGAAUACCAAAUGUAAAGGGAACAACAGUUUAUACUGUAUGAGAAGAGUGUAAUGAUUGGUAAAGUUGAUGCUGACCAUUUGGCACAAGUUCUCACAUAAGAGCAAAAGGUGGCAAGUUUGGAAGAUGUUGCAAUAAGUAAUGCCCUUUGGUUCUUGGGUUAAGUCAUACUUUUGCGGUAGACUGAUUGUUUCUGUAUCUGAACCAGGAGCACUUAAUGCUGCUACAAUGUGCCAAAGUUUAAAAGUGUGUGUUUUUCUGAACAUUCAGAUUUCAUCACAAAAAUUCUAAAAGAUUUAAGCCUCUAUUAAAAGACCACAGAUUAGAUUUUCCAAUCGGAUUAAGUAACUCCAUCUGUGAUCCAUUUUAAAGGAAUACUUAUCACCGAUAUCGAUAGCAAUUGAAUUCUAAGGUCUCCUAUCUAAAAAGAACACUAAAGGCAAGACAGAAGUGUAAUUUAUGGUCAGUUCUCACUUUAUAUUCAGUAAGUAUAUAGCACUGUGUAGUCUUUGGGUAGGUGUCUAUUGUAGAAAUUCAAAUAGGAAAUCUCGUUAGAAACAUCUUAAUACCUGAAAAUCCAGAAGUAUUCAUAACAUAAGUUCUUGUCAACCAGAAUUUCUACACUUCAUCUGAAAGCUUUCUCUGUUGCUCAAUGCUUGACAUUCUUGUAUAACGAAUCAUGUUGUAGUAUUUAAGUAGCUGAAGUACCAUAAAGACAGUGAAGAAGAAAUUCCAGUUGGACAGUAGCACAAAAGAAGCAGUAUUCCAUUAACUCUGUAUUCUGUUCCACUGAAGUCCGUGUAACUAAAUAUUGGAUGGGGCAUUUAAAGAGUGGCUGAUGUGAUAUAGGCACUACCAUCCAAAAUUAAUUUCUACCUAAGGUAUUUUUUAAUUGGACCAAUUUUAUCAAAUGCAAAUAAAUUUAUUACCAUGACCCAUGAAAGAUGUCUUGUAUUAUGUUUAGAGCUUUUUAAAAAAUUUUAGGACAUCAUAACAAAACAUGUCCAAGUAAAAAAGAAAUUCCGUGUACAUUGGAAUCAUACUGAAAGCAGUUAUUUUCUGAAGUACGUUGUAAUUGAAGUUAAACAGGGACCUAUGUAAAUGUUUCUCAGCUUCAUAAUUCUGGUGUUGAAUGUGUUGAACUUUUAUAUCUUUGUAUGUUUAUUACAUUUUCUUUGUUUAUUACAUUUUCUUUGUAUAUGCUAUUUUCUGGAUUAUUAAUAUCUUAAAUAGUGAUUUGUUUUUGUAAUUAUCCAGUAAACGAGUGAAAUGACUAUAAACUGUAACAUGUUACAAGCUCUUCUCUGUUUACAUAUUUAAAAGUAAACCCUUGCUCAUCUAUGUUAAUUGA